AUGCUUCUCCUUUCUCAAACAAAGAAAUAUAUCUUUGUGGAGUUACCUGAAGACAAAGAAAUCACUGUGGAGGUGGAAAGCUCAGAUAGCAUCUCCAGUGUUACGACAAAAAUCCAAGACAAGGAAGGGAUUGCUAUAGAUCAGCAGAGUUUGUAUUUCAAUGAGCAGGCGCUGUCAAACUCAGAUAUCCUUGGAUUAUAUGAGAUGAAGAAUAAUGAUAAGCUUUUUCUCAAGAUUAAUGCCGAAGCAUAUCAAUAUUUAGUAAGCCUAUUUGAGGUACAAGAGGUGAGUAAUUCGAUAGCAUUCUUCUUCAACAUCAAAAUCUCUGAAUAA